CACAACCCAACAAACAAAAUCAAUCUUUGUAUAUCCCAAAAUCCGUCAAUCAUUUAGCUUUUGUAUCAUAAAGUAACGAAUCAACCCCUUUUCGUCAGAGAAAGGCCAAAUAGAGGGAAAAGGGCUCAAAAUGCUGGUGGACGCGGAGCUCCAAGGGCUGGAUAACCAGCUUGGCACCUACAUGCAAACCAGCCGACAAAAUUAUGCCACACAAGAGAAGCUGCUCCAGGAUUUUCAAGAGCUGAUUGAAAACUAUCGGCAGCUGAAAAGUGACUACGAAGAAGAAAAAGAGUCCCGCGAAAAGUACAAGAAACUGGCACGUGGUCAGGAAAGGAACCCGUUUGCUUUAGUCUUAAUUGAUGGAGACAGUUAUAUUUUCAAAGACCAACAUAUCAAAGGUGGCGCAGAUGGCGGAGUAACUGCCGCUCAAAAACUCAGCAACUCUAUCAAAGAGCUGCUCCAGUCGACAUUAUACAACGAUGCUGACCAAUGUCGAAUUAUGGUCCGAGUCUACGCUAACCUGGCAGGCUUAUCCAAAACUCUGUCUAGAGCUGGUCUCAUCGGCCAUGAGUCUCGCUCUUUGGCUCCAUUUACGGCCAGCUUUAAUCGAUCUCAAGAUUUGUUUGAUUUUGUGGAUGCAGGCGACAAAAAGGACGGUGCCGAUUUCAAAAUACGAGAAAUGUUUCGCUUAUUUGCCGACAAUAGUCAAUGCAAGCACAUUUUCUUCGCUGGCUGCCAUGAUGUCGGCUACUUGUCUAUGCUUACUCCAUAUCGAGGAAAAUCCGACCGUGUCACCUUACUUAAAGCCGCCUCGUUUCAUCAAGAAUUCGAAAACCUGAAUCUACCCAUAAGAGAAUUGCCAUCAUGCUUUAGAUCUACACCUCUUAACGACGCCCUGAAUUCAAUAUCUUUGCCAACGAAAGGGAAGCUUGAUAUGAAAACACUACCGUACACUCCAAAGCCCAAGGUCUGCAAGUUUUAUCCAAAGGGAAUGUGCAAGUACGGAUCAGACUGUGUCAACGAACAUAUAGACAAAAGCCAACGAACGCUUUUAAGAAAUUUCGGCAAAUCAUCACCUUCUACCGAUUCCGAUGACACUAAUAGCAUAGGACGUUUUCGACUAACCGAAUUACCAUCCGUCGUCUUGCCCCUAAAAAGACCAUUAGCUGAGGGCUUAAUUCCCAUAAACAAAGAUGGCGAUCGCCUUGAGUGCAUCUGUGAAAAACCUUCCGGGGAUGCAUGGAAUACCUAUAAAAAGCGAAUGUCUUUACACAAAGUCUGCAACAAACGUCAUCUGGCCGGUCACUGUGAUGAUAUCGAUUGCAAAUUCGACCACAGUGAUCUGGAACCCUCGUCGCUUGCAGUAUUACGAUUUAUUAUGAAACAAACCCCUUGUCCUCGAGGCUCGGCUUGUCGCCAGGCAGACUGCUAUGCGGGACAUGUAUGCCAAAAAGAUGGCUGUCGAGGCGGUCACGAGUGUCGUUUCAAACCCUGUAAACACAUACAAUAUUUAGACUUCAAAGUCACAGACUGGAUAGAACCAGACGAUUCUAGCACGACGGAGAAAAGUGAUUUAGAUAUUUUUAGCCUUCACGGUGAUGAGGGCUAUGAAGAUUCGACUCCCCACAGCCCUGUACAAGAGCCGUUAACUGAAGAUAUUCUCUUACGCUAUUGA